UACAAUAAAGUUUUUACAAGGAAAUACAUAAUACACGGUGCUUAGUCUUUUUCCAGGAGUAUAUGCACGCGGCUGAAGGGACAUGAAUGCUGUCAAGAAGCUUCUUUUUUGUUUCACCGGAGUUGAUCAUGGAAAUAUUACCAUUGUCUGAUCCCACAGAAACACUUAGACACACCACUGUGUUUAGUCCUAUAUCUGAUUGGUAUAUAUGUUGAUAUAUGUAUACAUUUCACAACAAAGCUGUAUUAUGCAAUACAUUUACUUGUAGUUUUUUUAUCCUGAUAUAUUGUAACCAGCAGGGACCUCCACAAUUCAGGUGUUGAUGACAUCUACAGACUCAGAGCGCCUGGAAGAAGAGAUGUCUGAGGAGAUUGAGCAUACAGAAAGUCACAUCGACGAUAGCUUGGUUAUGGUGGACAACGUCUGUUACAUCGGGUUUCUGGAGGAGGAAGAGCAGGAUCUUGGACAAACAGAAGCAGGGACCUCCACAAUUCAGGUGUUGAUGACAUCUACAGACUCAGAGCGCCUGGAAGAAGAGAUUAGCACUCAAGAUGGCCAUACAGAGAGCGAGGAUGAAACGCUUGUGAUGGUCGACAAUGUAUGUUACGUCGGCUUUGACGAUGUGGAGAAGAUUCAUUGCCAUAAAGACGACCACCGAGUUCCAGGACAUCAUAAGGUUCAGACACAUGGCAACUGUUCAGACACGAAUGAGUAAGAUAGCUUUGAUUAUGCAUUGACGCAGUCACCCUGGCUGUAAAAGACAACUACAACAUCCCUGCAAUGUUCCAAGUCGCCGACAACUGGUAUAUCAUUAGAAGAAAAUUAUCAUCAACUACCAGGAAAUAAUACUCAGCAUCAAGAUCUGACAAUGCUCGGUAACGUGUAUGCACACAUACACAUGUAUCUAUGUUCUUAACAACGUAAAGGUAUAUACUACUACUAAUAAUAAUAAUAAUAAUGAUAAUAAAAAAAAUAAAAUAAUAAUCUUUGUGUCAAACUGUAAUAUGUGUUAACCGACAAAUGCGCGUGACAUUGAGCACCUCCAUAAGAU